AUUUGAAAUUACAGUAGGAACAAUAUUUAUUGCCAAAAUAGAAAUCGGGAAAAAUGUUUCGUUGAUUUGAACGUUCGGAACUUCAGGUACAUUAAUUCGAAGUGCACGAGGUAAAAUUUUUUUAACGUAAUGGCUGUUUACUCUUCGAUUAAGGAAAUCCGGACGGACAGGGAUCAGUGUACUAAAGAGCUGCUUUGGGUUAUGUCUAGUUUGAUGGCUUCUUUUCAAAAUGACUCUAAAACAAUGUCUUUUUUAAACAAGGAAGAUCGUCUGUCAUGCUGGAACCAUAGAGACGAUUACUGGAAUUGUCUUGACCAAGGCAAAUCGGAGACCGAAUGUGCACAUGAUAGAUCACUCUACGAAAAGUUUUGCCCUUUACAAUGGGUAAAACAUUUUGAUAGAAAGCGAGAAUAUUUAAAAUUCAAAGAAAGAAUAGAAAAGGAUGGAUAUACUCCAGAAUUCCCAAAGAAACAAAAUACCUAAUUCUACAAGUAUAAUGAUCUAGUAUGUGAUGUUAAUUAUUAUGAUCGUCAAUAUAUUUUCUGUAAUCAUAGUAAAAAUAAUUAAAACACGUUAGAAACGAUGAAACUGGUA